AAAUGGGAGGAAAGUGCCAGCAGCAACCUUUGUUAAAUGGAGAAAUAAGAGAGGGAGGAAAGCGUAAAUACAGUCAUGGGUUUUCUUCAGCUGAGAUAAAGACACUGGCUAGCGUAGCUGAAGCUGUGUUCCCUUCUUUGUCACCAAAUUCUGAUUUUGAAGGAAAGGAAAACCAGCCAAGCAAGGCCGUUCAAGCCUUCCUGGAAGCUUCAGCCUCUGAAUCCCCAAUUCCAGACGAGGCUGCGGAGUUGCUGCUCAAAAGAUCGUUCAUUGAGUGUGCGAUGUUGGUAAGAGUUGUACUACUUUUACUGUCCACAAGGGUGGGAACCCUUUUACUUUGUGGAUCACUUUGUUUGGGUGAUAAAUGGCCGUACGUCAACUGCUUCUCUUGCUUGACAUUGGAAAGCAGAGAAAAAGUUUUGCAAAGCUGGUUUAAGCAUCGGCUAUUUACUCCCAUCAGGAUUGCAUUCAUCUACUUGAAAGUCGCUUGCCUUUACGUUUUCUUCUCCCGGGUUGGUGAAAAUGGUGAUAACCCGGCUUGGGAAGCUAUUGGUUAUAAUGUAGACAAUGUUGAGAAUCUGUCUCAAGUAACGAAGGCGAGGCCUCUCAAAAAAGGAAUGAUUGAGACAAUGCAUGAAAAAGACUUAACUCUCCCUCAAUCCCUAUCACAGAAAGGGCUCCAAGUUAUAGAAGAUACCAAAAAAAAAGCCUACAAAAUCAAAUGCGAUGCAGUAAUAGUCGGAUCUGGAUGUGGCGGUGGUGUUGCAGCCGCAAUGCUGGCCAGUUCUGGCCUUAAGGUCGUUGUUGUAGAGAAGGGUCGCUAUUUUAGUUCGACAGAUUAUUCCCCCUUCGAAGGGCCCUCGAUGGCUGAACUAUAUGAAUCAGGGGGAAUCCUUCCAAGUAUUGAUGCGCAGAUGCUGCUUCUUGCAGGAUCGACAGUCGGUGGUGGCUCAGCUGUCAACUGGUCUGCAUGCAUCAAAACACCAAAAUCCAUACUAAAAGAAUGGGCUGAGGACUGCCAAAUCCCUCUUUUUGGGAGCCCUGAAUAUCUUUCAGCCAUGGACACUGUUUGCAAGAGAAUUGGUGUCACAGAAGAUUGUAAAGAGGAGGGGUUUCAGAAUCAAGUACUUCGGAAAGGAUGCGAAAAUAUUGGUCUUGAAGUUGAGAAAGUGCCACGGAAUUCCUCAGAGAGCCAUUACUGUGGAUCUUGUGGUUUUGGUUGCAGAAGAGGAGACAAGAAAGGGACUGACCGUACAUGGCUAGUUGAUGCUGUUAACAAUGAUGCAGUGAUUUUAACAGAAUGCAAGGCCGAGAGAUUCAUAUUAGAAAAAACCAAGAUAGGCAGUACAAGGAAAAUGAAGUGCUUGGGUGUAAUUGCAAAAACUUCAAACCAAAAUAUCACAAAGAAACUGCAUAUUGAAGCCAAAGUAACAAUAUCAGCAUGUGGGGCACUUUUGACACCCCUUAUAAUGCAUUCUAGUGGGUUGAAUAAUCGAAAUAUUGGUCGAAAUCUUCAUCUCCACCCAGUCCUAAUGGCCUGGGGUUACUUUCCUGACUCCGAUUCAGAGUUCAAGGGGAAAGCCCAUGAGGGUGGAAUAAUCACAUCAGUACAUAAGGUGGUAGCAACAGACAACAAAGUGCAAGCCAUCAUUGAAACCCCUUCAGUGGGGCCAGCACAAUAUGCUGCUUUAUGCCCUUGGGAGUCUGGUCUCGACAUGAAAAGAAGGAUGCUAAAAUUUUCCAGAACAGCUCAUAUGAUAACAAUAAUAAGGGAUCAGGGAUCUGGAAAAGUUCACACAGGGGGACGGGUAACCUAUAAGUUUGACGCAUUGGACAGACAAAACAUUCUAGCCGGGUUGAGACAGUCGUUGAGGAUUUUAGUAGCAGCUGGGGCAGUUGAGGUGGGCACUCAUCGUAGUGAUGGACAGAGAAUCAGAUGUAAGGGAUAA